AUGGCGAGUCCCUACAAUCCGCCGUAUAAUCAGCAAUUUAAUCCCUACAAUCCACCGCAGAAUCAGCAAUUCAAUCCAUACAAUCCACCACCACCACCAUAUGCUACCCAACCUGGAGUUCAUAUUGGAGCUGGUGCGCAACCGGUUUAUUAUACUCAACCGCAGAUGGUUGUAAUCGACGAUUGUCAUGGACAUGAUCGUCAUCAUAGAUCGGGUGGUGCUGGAGAAGCUUGCUGCUUGGCGGCCCUUUGUGCUUGCUUAUGUGCACUUUGUCUUUCUAAAUGA